AUGGAUUGCCUAAAGUACUUCACUGUGUUGGAGCAUCUUGACAAUUAUCGAUGUGAUCGGUUUUGGCACAUCAUUGCUGCCAAAUAUCUGUCACUUAAAUCAGAAGUUGAUGAGGAAAAGUUGCAGGGAUAUGUUCCCCAUGGAGGAAAUGCCAUGUUCAUCAUCUUCACGCGAGCAACAAAGCAGUUGAUUAUCAGUCAGUGCCCCAAGAUUUUGUGCAUCCAUUUGCUACGUGCUUCAGUCGAUUUUGAUGGUGAGCCCAUCAAACAUCAGGCAAAUGUUGAUGUGUCUAGUAGUUCAUCAUCAUCAUCAUCAUCACCGCAGCCAUCAAUGAGCAAGUUAUAUGGUCUCUCGGCCGUCGUUGAGCACUACGGGAAAUGUGGAGGAGGACAUUAUGCAGUUUACAGGAGAGUUGCAUCAAAUCCUGACCCUGAUGAUCCAGGGAAACCUCUUGCAGGCCUUGGCAGGCGGUGGUUUUACAUCUCGGAUGGCCACGUAUCAGAAGUUUCAGAGGAGGAUGUUUUGUGUGCGGAGGCCACGCUCCUUUUCUAUGAAAGAUUGUAG